AGUCGGGUUCUUCCGCUUCCUGGUCGCCAUGUUGUAGACCAGUGAGACAGCGAGUUUGAUUUCGGUUUUAGACGCCGGGGUUUAUCGUUCUUGAAGUUACCUAAACGUUAGGCAAGAUGCUGUCAGCACAAAUGUCUGGAGAACACGGCAAGAUGAAGGAGUAUCACUACACAGGACCAGUAGAGCAGAGAUUCUCACCUUAUUCGUUUAACGGAGGGACUGUUCUGGCUGUAGCUGGUGAAGACUUUGCAAUUGUGGCCUCUGACACUCGUCUGAGCGAAGGAUACUCAAUCCACAGCCGGGAUUCGCCUAAAUGUUACAAACUGACAGAUACCACUGUCAUCGGCUGUAGUGGCUUCCAUGGAGACUGCCUUACCCUGACCAAAAUCAUUGAUGCCAGGCUGAAGAUGUACAAGCACUCAAACAACAAGACAAUGACUAGCGGGGCCAUUGCAGCCAUGCUGUCCACAGUCCUCUAUGGCAGACGCUUCUUCCCUUAUUAUGUCUACAACAUCAUUGGAGGCCUGGAUGAGGAGGGUCGGGGUGCGGUGUACAGUUUUGACCCAGUGGGAUCCUACCAGAGAGAUACGUACAAAGCUGGAGGAUCAGCCAGUGCCAUGUUGCAGCCUCUCCUGGAUAACCAGAUCGGGUUCAAGAACAUGGAGAACGUGCAGCACGUGCCCCUGAGCCAGGAGAAGGCCGUGCAGCUGGUGAAGGACGUGUUCAUCUCGGCCGCAGAGAGGGACGUGUACACCGGCGACGCCCUCAGACUCUGCAUCAUCACCAAGGAGGGCAUCAAGGAGGAGACGGUUCCUCUCAGGAAAGACUGAGCAUCUCCCAUAGCCAGUCCUGAUUCACACUUGUACGUUAUUGCCUGUCUGUGCUUUUCUUCUACACUUUGAUUUAAUUGGUUAAAUAAAACAACAUGAAAGUUU